CAGACUACAUGGGGGCGCCGAAAUGAGCCUAUAUGGUAUUUUAUUAAUGAAGAUCAUGGGCUUCAGAGUUGAACCAAAGUGGGGGCGUAAAUGAAUAUUGUCCCCGUUUUCCAAAUAAACACUUUAGCUACGCCCCUGUACGCAGUUCUUUAUUUGCUCUUCUUUAUUUUUAAAAAAAUCUUUUCCCACUUUAUAUUUAAUAAUAUUGUUUUUUCUGGUGAAAUUAGCAUGAUUUUAAAGUUGUGUAAAGGAAUUUUCUUUUCUUUUUUUUAAUACAGAAGGAUUUCUUUAUUUUAAUUACAUUUUCUAUUCCAAGUCAACAAUAUAUUAAACCUUCCAAAAAUAAAUUUCGUGAUAAUAUUUAAUUGCUUAUAUAUUUUAAUAUUAUAAAUUUACCUAAAUUUAAUUUGAAAUAAUAAUAAUUAUUUUACAAAUAAAUAAUUUAAAAGACUUUCUUUCGUGGAGUAACGAGAUUCCACGUGACGUCAUCAUGGCCACUGAAAGCUGAUUGUAUGUUGAUCUUUGAAGAAUAUAUCGGAUGUGUUUCGAGUUGCUCGCUUUUACGACUGAAGUUCUUUUGAAUGCUUCGAAUUUCAUAUACUAACCGAAAACGCCUUUACAACAACAUUUUCGAUCACAUUUGACGAGUGGGGAGCUCAGGAUGUCCCGACAUGAAGGUAAAGUUAUUAUAAACAACAAGUUAUUCAUUACUACCAGUACCAGCCACCAGGCCUGCAUCAUAUACCACUACAAGUUACAAGUUUACAAUCUCCAGUCCUUGAGUCAAAUAUUAUUAUUACUAAACCUAUUCGUAUUAGGCGACUGACCUAGUUUUAUGUGUGGGUGUAGGGGAUUUAACUUAUGUUAAAGUUAUACUUCAUAAUUGAAAUAAAUACUAGUACUAGUACUAGUUUAUUUUUGUAUGGAAGUGGUCAGUGUAGUCAUGUGUAGGUGUCUAACUGCCAGAAAAAGAAUUCUGUUUAUCUUUUCUUAGUCUUCUUACAAGGAUACUUGCUUCUAUCAAGUCAAAAGUGCAAGUCUCUAAUAAAAAGUUAGCCUAUAAACUACUAACAAGUAGGGGAGUAGGUCUACUAUUCCCAAGCCCAAAUAGUAGGUCUAAGUCUAAGCUAAGUCCCACAUACUCAUAGAUGUAGUUUAGUCAUAGUCUAGCUCUAGACCUAAUUGUGAAUUCUAAAAUUGGCAAUGGAUAGAUUAAUUCUCAUAUAUUAUAAUAAUAGUAUGGUCUAUGGGUAAAAUGUAGUUAGCAUCAGGACCAGCGAUAUUUUCCAAGGUAGUAUAUAGUCUAUAUUGCCUAUACUAUAUGAAAUGGGUAGGGAUAACAAUACUUGUCCAUGCACCGUUCUGCGCAUGUCCUAAAAUGUCGAAAAAACGUGUUCUACAAUAUGGCGUACGGCUACACGGUAUCUUUGGAAAAUUGAAUACUACGUCACCUUUGUUUAUUAAAUAAUGCUUUCCUCAUCAGUGACGUAUCAGUUUUUGUGUUCCGGUGAUAUAUUGAUUUAUGCUACAAGAUUUUUUGUGUAUCACGGACAGUAUUAUUAUAAUGACUCGGUUAGUUUAUAAAUCGCAUAAAUACUUUUUUACUAGUAAAGCCACCAAAAUAAGGUUUAGUUCCACCCAAUCUACAUUCAUUGUAAGAGUUUUUUCAUUUUUUGAGUUAUUAUCGUUGAUCUGUCUAUAAAAAGUUAUGCAUCCCACGAAGGAGUGGGGGUAUGAAAUUGUCAUUUUUUUAUAUUUUGAUCAAGAAGCCGGAAAUGGCUGCUAUCACUGUGAUUCGUUAUGUUAAAUCCUUAAACGUCUAAAUAAUGAUAAGACGUUUAAAAUGAAUAAUUUUAAGAAAAGAUUAUAACCAAAUAACAUUAAAGUUUAAUUAUGUAGUAACCAAUGGUUGGUUUUAAGUUUUAUUUAUUACGUUAAAAAUUGUGUACGGUACCGGUACACAGUUUAUCGUUCUUUCAUAAUUAUUGAAUCAAUAUUUAAUAGUUUUACAAUAGUAAUGUCAAUAAUGAUAAUCGUUUUUCUCUUAUUAAUUAUUUCAGACAAUACUACUAAAAUUAGGCCUACAUAUCAAUAUCAGUUAUAAUUAUAAACAACUGUUAUUAUAAUCCUAUAAUAGUCUAUAUUUAGGCCUAAGCUUAAUUUUUCUUAAUCUAAUUCUACUACUAGUACUACGACAAUCAACAACCACACUUACUAAUAAUAAUAUAUUUUUUAGUUAAGCCUAUAUAUAACAGUUUUAUUAAAACACAUCAAAUUAAUAAACAAGAAUCAAACAACAUCAUUGUUGUAAUUAUAUUUUUAGUAGAACAUUGAAAAGCAGUACCUACAUAGACAAUUAUUUAAUAUAUCAAAUAACAUAUUUUAAUAAAUUAGUCUCAUCGUCAUAGAUGAUUUUAUAGAGUAAUUUUUAUUUAUAAUUACAUGAGUUCAAUUUUAUAUAUAAAAAAAGACUACUUACCUUUUUAUAAAUAUAAUAAUUGAUUUAAAAUGUAAAACAAGCAUAGUAAAAUUAUUUAAAAUUCAAUAAAGAUGUUAUUUUUUCGUUUUUUCCUGUAUAAAUAAUGAUUUUCCCAAUUUUUCUGUUCACUUUUUUCUGAACAUACCCACAAAUAAAUAUAUAAAAAAAUAAAAGUCUUGAUGUUAUAUAAAACUUUUGUUGUUUAUUGGGUUGUAUAUUGCAUUGGGAAUGUCUCCUGAAAAUUUGGUAGCAUUAUCUUUUAAAAUCCAAAAGUUUUGGGCAAAAUAAGGCAGAAAUUUGGAAAGUGGGUCACACGUUUUUUCAGUUAAAUACUAAGAUAAAGAAGGGGGUUUUAAAAAAUCACCAAAAAAAGAUAGAAAGAUGAAAUUGGUGUUGUUGUAAAGCUUAUAGCUAGCCCUUUAAAAUGAUGUAUCAUUCAUGUCGAUCGGACAAUAUUUAAAUUUUGUGUCAAAGUACCUAAUAUGGGUCAUGUAGGUUUCCCAGGUCGGCUACCGGCCAUAGUUCCGUAUUCAAACGAUUUAGAUUUUUAGCUCCGUAUUUAUUUGAUUACUUUUUUCCCCCUCAUUUCUAAAUUCUGUUUUCUCACUUUAAUUUUGUCUUAUUAAUGGGGCUUCCCUCCCCAGCAUAAAUAUUAUGAUUAAAAUGAUGUAACCAGGAAAUAGACAUAGUCGGCACAUUAUUAUUAUUAUUAGUGGUUUUAUAUAGCGUGGUACCCAGCCUGGGGCUUGGCUCUCCACAGUGUACAUACAAUUUAACAAACAUAAUCAUGAACUUAAAAAAAAUUAAUAAACAUAAAUUAAUUAAAUAAAGCAAAACAAAUGUAUACUCACUCCACCCAUUCCAGAACUAUUUACAUGUCAAGCCAUGGACAGCACCUACCAGCAUCGUUUAUCGGUCGGAGGGGGGAGUCAGUCAGGAUAGUAGAGUUUAAAGAGAUGUUUUGAGUGCAGUUUUGUAGGCUGUGAUGGUCGGUGUAUUGCGGAUGUGUAAUGAAAGAGAAUUCCAUUGUUUGGGGGCACAGAAAGAGAAAGAUCGUUCACCGUACGUUUUUGUGCGAAUCUUGGGGACACAAAAAAUAUGCGCGUCUGCGGAGGAGCGAAGCUGUCGAAGGGGCGAAUAGAUAGAAAGAAGUUCGGUUUGAUAGGAAGGGCAGGAAUUCGAGAAAAAGUUGUGGCAGAGAACAGAGAGUUUGUAGUCAAUCCGUGCUUGUACAGGGAGCCAAUGAAGUGAAUAAAGUAGUGGUGUGACAUGAUCAAGUUUUUUUGCCUUUAGAACUAGACUACAGCUGAGUUUUGAACCUUUUGUAAUUUUUCUAUGAAGUGUUUUGGUGAACUUGACAAGAGGGUUGCAACAGUCAAGACAAGAGAGAACAAGAGCAUAGACUAGGGUUUUUGUUGCACUAAUUGUGAGGUAGUGGCGGAUGGAGCUGAUUAGACGGAUAGCGGUGUAUGCAGUGCGAAAAAUGUGAGAGAUAUGAUUAUUGAGAGACAUAUUGUUAGACAGAAUAUAACCAAGACUCCAAUCGGAGGAUGUAAACUGUAUGUCGGAUUUACCUACUUGAAAUGAGGUGGGGAGAGCUGAGUAAGAGGAUGAUUUGUGAACGUGAAUAAGGAGUGCUUCCGUUUUGUCAUCAUUAAACUUCAACUUGCUUAGUGUCAUCUAUGACUUGACAUCACUAAUGCUUUCCAGCAAAGUCGGGACAGCAGAAUCGACAAGAGGCAUAAUCCUUCAGUCUACAGAUGACAGUGUCACACAAUAAAGUCAAUACUUAUACACUCACAAACAUGCGCCCCCACCGGGCCAUGUUCAUAAUCAUGAUUAUAACAUAAUCAUGGCUUUGUCCAUAGUAGUAAAGGUGCAGUUAGUAGGAUGUUUUAAAAGAUAUUUAGUCCGUGCGAUAUCAUUCAAUGAUUCAUUUUUAUCAAGGAAGUCCAGACAGAGAGAGAGUUUUUCUGUCUUGUACUUUUAUUACAGAGCGAGGAAGUCUGGAAAUGCUAUACAGGAAAUGGUAACUCCAUUUAUUUUGGGAAAAAAUGCGCUUAAGUGAGAAAAAGUAUUUUAAUAGCUAUUAGUUCAUUUUGAUUUAGUGCUGAUACUAAUAUUUCAAAAUCAGCUGUGAAUGUUGGUCUCCAAGUCCAUAGUAGUAGUAGUACUAGUAGAUUUACUAGUGUUUUUGCCUCUGCCAGCUUGUUUUUUUUUUCGUACUGCAAGUCUGUUGGUCUGUUAUUGAUCCAAAUAAAUAGAUAAGUAGAUAAAGCAAAUCUUUAAAGGAUAUUCCAUUUUUAUGUUAGUGCUAAGCAUGACAUAUGUCAGUCAACUUUAAUAAUAAUAUUUUGUUAAUUAUUAUGGAAUUGAUUGGUGGACUUUUUCAGUGUAAAGAACCAUCAGGAGUACUUUUUUUGCUUUAGUUGUCUCUCACUCUGUUUAUAUAAGUUGUAGAUUGCUUUUAAUUGGAAUUUUUCAGAUUUUAAUCCUUCUUUCAUGAAAAUAUUAUGAAGCCUAGAUUUGAUAUCUUCUUGCUUUAUUAUAUGUGUAUAUAUUUAAAUUUCAUUAGGUGUGAGCUGUGAUUCUUGCAUGAAAGGAAAUUUUCGUGGCAAAAGAUACAAGUGCUUAAUAUGUUAUGACUACGACCUCUGCUCGACUUGUUAUGAUGCCGGUGCAACUACAACUAGGCACACAACAGAUCAUCCCAUGCAAUGUAUUCUUACAAGAGCUGACUUUGGUAAGAAUAAUUAUGUUAAUAAAAUUUUACUUUUAAAAAUUUUAUUUUUUUCUGUGCACAAGUAUUACAAUUUAUUUUUGGAGAGCAAAAUAUGAAUCACACCAGUCAUAGAAUGCUAUAAUUUACUUUGUUUAGUACGGAUGUAAUGAAUGUCAUUUUAACUAUUUCUAAAUUUGAUGCGGGUCAACACACACUCCUUUCUUCCGCUGUUCUCAAAAGCACGGACCAACGGGCUUUGUGUUUCAAUAUCAUUUUUUUUUCUUUGCUAUUUCUCGGUUAAGCUUUUUAAGAGCUAUUUUUAAAUAAGACUUUUACAUAGAAGAGUGGUAUUUCAUUGUUUAUAAGCGAAACCAAGGUUUAGCUGUUGUCAUUUGAAGCAUUAUUUUAAUGAUUUUCUUCGCUUUUUUUUUUCUACUGUUGCUAUGUCUACUCUAGGCCCUAGUAGGUGAAUAAGUUUCCUAGACGAUUGACAGCUCAAAAAGCUUUGGAAUAGUUUUAUACUAUUUCUUUUGAUCGUGAAGAUGAUUUAUAUUUAGAUCCAUCGCAUGAUUCCCAUACUAGUAGUUUUAGAGGAUUUGAGUUGAGGAAGUGGAGAUGAGGUAUGCGUACAUCAUAGGGUUUGGGGAAAAAAUUGUUCAGCAUAAAAUAUUUUCACAUUUUAUGGUCCUUUUCUGUAACUUAUUUUAUUUAAACUGAAGAAAUAAGUUUACAAACAUAUAUUCCUUUCAAUUAUCUUUCAUUUGAUACCAAGUUUAGUCUUGUAAACCAAAGAAUAAUAUUUUAAAUAUUUUUUAAUAAACCCAACCUCUCACUCUUUUUCGCUUUUUGAAAAAAGUUUACAUUUUUUCGAUAAAAAAUUUUGCAGCGAAAGAGUUAAGAUGAAAUCAAUAUUUAAGUCUCAAACUUGAUGACAAAAUUAAACUGUUGAAAAUCGUCACUCUUAUAUCAUCACACCUGGUUAUCCACAGUUGUAUCAUAGACAAACAUUGACUGGCGAUUUAUUUAUUUAAUAUAUUUAUUUAUUUUAGUUCUUUGAAACAGAAACAUGAAAUAAUUCACAUUUUUAAACUUACCAUCUAAUUUAUAUAUUUUAACGGUCUACAAUUAUAAUAUGCACUGGUAAAUGUAAUGUUUAAUGACAUCUUCUAAUAUGGGAAAGGUCUCUCCUGAAAAUUAACAAGCUUAUUUUCUUUUCCAUACCUUGUAUCCCCUUUUCCCCUCUUAGGUUAGUAAGCAGUGUUUUAACUGUAAUCACAGACAAUUUUAAGAGUAGUAUUCUAAAGUUCAUUCAGAUACAGCUCAGAGAAUCAGGUCCUUUUGAAAACUGAGUGUUUUUAUAGAUAAAUCCAUCUUCGUUUAAUUUAAACAGAUGUGUAUUAUGGUGGUGAAGCCUUGACAGCAGAGCAACCUCAGUCUUACACUUGCCCACAUUGUUCGAAGAUGGGUUUUUCAGAAUCAAGCCUCCAUGAGCAUGUUUCAGCGGAUCAUGCAGACACCUCUGCUGAAGUGGUAAGAAAAUUUUAACUGUUUGAAAUGCUUACAAGAUACAAAACACUGUAUCAUUCCACAUUAUCACAAUACAUCAUGCUGCACAAAGUAGGAUUUGUAUAUCAUAUAUAUACAUAUAUUUUUUAGUUGAUUUUGAAAAAAAAUCAGAAGCAUAGAUGUUUUUAAAAAAAUUUAUGUAAAGUUUGAUGACAUAUCGUACUGUUAUUUGUUUGUUAUAUAUGAGCUUACUUUCACUGUCCUAUCUGCACACUAUAACUUAUUUUAUCAUGUUACUUAGUAGCAUGAUAGAGAGUGAAAUGCAUUGUUUACAUACCUUAAGCCAGUGGCAUAACCCCCUAUAUGACCAAAACAGAAAUGAAAUUUUAUUUGUAAGACCCUAUUUGGCAAAAUUGUAUUCAGUUAAAGCUUAGCUAAUGCAGCAUCAGAAAAGAUCCAUUAAUUAAUAUUAUGAUCAUGUAUUCAUGUAUGAUAUGAAAUUACUCCAAAGCUAAGAACUUGCCAUAAUAUUCUAUAAUUUAAAAACACUGUCUCAAAUAAUUGCAUUCGGGGCGGUCCACUCUCUUCGCCACCCUUCUCCUACGCCUUGACCCCCUACCCUACUUGUUGCCUUUGACAGCUCUGUCAUUGGCCUUUCUGACUACACCACUGCCUUAAACCUAUUAAUAUGAACAAGAGGGAAUAUGUGAAUUAACUUUAACAACUAGUUAUUCAGGGCCAUGUAGGAGGGCUAACUUGUUACUCUGAAGCAAGUAAGUUAAAAAAUUUAAUAAUUUAGGUAUAUCUUUUUUAACACAAUAUGACCAUUAUUUUUUCUCAUUUAAAAAACAGGUUUGUCCUAUUUGUGCUUCUUUACCUGGAGGUGACCCUAAUCAUGUGACUGAUGACUUUGCAUCUCAUUUGACUGUUGAGCAUAGGACACCCAGAGAUUUCAUAUCCUUUCAUUUUAUUUUAUCUAAUGAUAUAUUUGCAAAAAAUUGAAUGUUUUGAUAUACAAUUAUUAUUAAGCUUGGUAUGAUAAAUAUUAUAAAAUAUGCAUUGCCACUUAAACAAUGCUACUUCAGUGCAUUUGUCUAAUGAUCUGUGUUUUGACCAAGAAUAGCCUCCAGUGCAGAUUGUGUGUUUUUUCUUCUCACACUUGUACAAACAAUGGUUGAAAUUCAUGUUAGAUCCUUAAUUUUAUGAACGAUGAACCACCUGGACUUCGCCAUGUUCGGCGAAUUCCUCAUCCUGGUCGAGGCGUUGGUGGCUCAAGGACUCGCCGCGCCAACAUGCAACAUUUUGGUUCAGGUGCAUCAACUUUGACUGGUCUUUCACCCAGCAGUCGUGAAAAUAUGGAUCCCAUAGCAGGUUUGUUGUUUUUUUUUAAACAACCACAAGUUUAUAUGCUCGCAUUCGAAUUGUAAUCAUAGGCAUGCACUAUUCAUUUUAAUUAUUUUAUAUGUUAAAUAGCAAAUUGUUUUUAAAAAAUCUUUAUUUUAAACAGUGUCCAACUAUACACAAAUUGAGUCUAGCAUCUUUUUGUCUUUAUUAUUCAGAUGUGAGAUAAAAUGUUAAAUAUUGGGUUAUAAUUUAUUUAACAGAGCUGUUAUCACAGUUGUCAAGUGUACGUAGCCGUGCUGCGGCAGCACAAAGUGUUUCUUCCCAAUUACAACAGCUGGAAAUGCAGUUACAGUCCACUAGGUCAGUCACUAAGUAUGUAAACAUUUCUGUGCUGUUCAUAUGUAUGUUAUUUAAUUAAGAUGUUCACCAUUUUUUUUUUUGUAAAUUCAAUUAAUAAAUGAAUUUUAAUUUGAAAUUGUAUUCACAUCUAGAUAAAAACUAUUUAGAAUGUUCAGGGUUGAUACACAUAUUGUUUUUUAAAAUAAUUUUGUGGGUAGGUGUUAUUAUUUUUGCUUUACAAUUAAGGUCCUUGUGAGCAUUUACUUUGUUGUUUUUUUUUGAGCUUUUUAAAGGAGAAAUUUUGGAAUCAUGACUAAUUCAAGUUGUCUAAAUUGUUUAAAUUUUCUUGGAACAAUACUAAAAAUGUUUUCCCCUUGAAAGUAAAGUAAUUUUGGAAUCAUGACUAAUUCAAGUUGUCUAAAUUGUUUAAAUUUUCUUGGAACAAUACUAAAAAUGUUUUCCCCUUGAAAGUAAAGUAAUUUUUAAAUGAGGCAUUGUAAACUCAUGUACCGGUACCUUUCUGCAGAACUAAGUAAUAUUUGUUAAUACUGGUUUUGGUCAACAUUACAAGGGUAACAUUUAAUGCAUCUCAAUGAAGUUAUAAAAAGAUAAUUAAAGGGCUUAUAAUGCAGUAGGAAGAACAUUUUUGAAAGCGUGGUAAGUGUUAUUUUACCUUGAGGUUAAAAAACAACAACUUACCAAUAAAGAUCCUCUAUACUGAUAGGCCACCAGAAACACUUACACGGUAUUGCCCAUGUGUGCUUUAUCUUUAUGAUACAUUAUUAGACAAUUCCACUAUUAUUUAAGAAUUGGUAAUCUUUCUUAAAUUCAUCUUUAGAGUUCUAAAAUAGUCUAUGGUAUGCAAACAAAUUUUUUGUUUUCCUAAGCAACUGUGAGGGACAUGAACUCUCUGAGUUAACUUUCCAUUAUACUGAAGUUGUGGACUCAUGUCAAUAGAAUCCACGCUCAUUGAUUGAUUUAUUUUAAGUUAAGUUUAAAACACCAUAACAUUGUAGGGUAACAUAUAAUAAAUUUUAGCUUACCGAUAUUGAAUAUACCAGUAAUCUAUAACUGCAUGUAAAGCUAGUGAAAUAAAGUGUAAAGAAAUAUAUCCUAAUUGAUAUUUGAGAGCAUGACUGUUAUAACUGGAAUGCAGUCAUUUCUGUUAAUAUUAAGGACAUUACAUUUAUGAAUCUUCUAAGAAAAAAUCCUAAGCGAUUGAAUAUGAAGCCUAAUCUAAGAUUUUUCUUCAGCUACUGGGGACUGAGUCCCCAGACCCUGAAUCAAGACACUUUCCUGCAUCUAACUGGAAUCAGAAGUACUUCAGACAAUUCCCGCGCUGAAAGGUUUUGUUUUGAUUUUUCUUGUAACAUUCAAAAUAAAUAGUUGGAAGUGCUUAAUCGCCGGGAAAUUGUGUUGCUUGGGUGAUCCUGUUUGUUCAGGGGCAAAAGACUAGAUGAUAUCAAAUGUGUAUUAACCCUGAAUGGCCUAAUUUAGCUCUAGCUCAAGUUGUGGCUCUGGCUCUAAAAAAAAGUCAAUAAAUUAGCUUUUGUUUUUUUUUUUUAAAUUUUGGUAUUAUACCUUUAUAUGAUUUAAAUUGUGUUUCAUAUUUAUUCAUUAUUUUCAUUGUGCUAAUUUACAAUGUUUUAGGCAACAGUUGGAACGCCUACCGCGAAGACAGGCAGAGGCAAGUAAACCACCAGCCACAAAUAAUACAGUUCCUUCACAGCCAGAACCUGCUAGCAUCCCAACCACAGCUACCAAAACAGAUUCACAGUUUCUUCUAACAAAGUAAGCAUCUAACAGACCUGUUUACUCUUACGAUUUUGGCGUACCAUGUAAGAUUUUUAGAUGUAUACAUUAUAUAUACUGUAUGUUUAUUUUUUACUAUUAAGAUAAUGUAUUAAAUGAUUUUGUGAUAUUGUACGAUUUUAAGCGUUUAAGGGUAAACAGGUCUGGCAUGUAAAUGAUCCAGGAUUAGAACCGAUUGCUUUUUGUAUAACUGUAUAUGAAGAAUAUGAUCAACAAAUUGUGAUCAGAGCUUAAUAUUUAUAUAUGGUAAGAAAAGCAACUGUUGAUGGAGCAUCUUAAUUUGAGCUGGUCAAUCACUUCUAAGAUUAAAUGCUGAAAAUGAAACAUAUACAUGUAUACCUUAUAAGUCCAACUUGCUUACUUUUCUGCUAGCCUGGAAAUUCAAAUUCAAUUACUUAAUCGAAGUUUGAGUAAGCAUUGUCUAAUAUGUUUACAUGUUAAUGUUAUCUUUUUCUUCACAUCUUCACAGGUUGUGUGCUGAGACUGCAGGAUGCGAUCUUGGAGCUAAUGGUGGAGAGAAUGACAUCUCACAGCGUAACGUAUUUGUACAGGAGUUACUUCUGGCCACAUUGACAGAGCAACUCAGCUUGAUAACAGAGGGUGAUGGAGAGGAUCCAAGUUCCAUAUUGGAGGCUCUUCGUUCACCAGAGUCUGAUGUGGAGCAGGAGGCUUCACCAGUUCAAAAAGAGAAUAGAAAUACAAAUGAGUCACACAGUAAACACCGCAGCACCAAGACUGUGGACAAAGCUGUGGGAGGGGCAGUAGAAAAAGUGCCAGGGAAUUAUGGGGCUAGACCUGUGUCUUCUGGCACUUACAGGGAAAGUUCUUGGGGUCAUGUGAGUAAUGCUGCCACUGCACGCCAAGUGUGUAGUCCUAUCACCGUUCCAAAUUCUGUGGCAGUGCAUGGUCCAAAUUUAGGUUCGUCAGGUGGGGUUAAUAUGAUGCAAAGCAGGGCUUCAUCUACUCCUCAUGGGGGUAGAGAAAGAAGCUUAAAUCCCGCUACUGCAAAAAGGAGCAUGCUCAAACACAUGCCACCACAGAGGGGAGCUUCUGAUACAGAUCCACCCCCUCACUAACCUCCAUAUUAGACGCUUGAGGACUUUCAUAUCUUUCUAGCUAUUUACUAAGCUUAGAGGAUUAAUUCUGCCAUCGAUAAAUUAUUUCAGUAAUAUGAAUAAAAUGAUAAAACAUCCAAUUCCUUGUGUAACAAAGAUUUUCUAUUGCCAUUGGCGGCUUCUAAUAAAUUUUAUUUUUGUGAAUAAAGUUUAGAAUAAAGUGAAUGUUUUUGUUCUGAACUUUACAAGAGCAUCCCAGAUAAAAGGUAAUUCAAUUUUCUUAAUAUUUUUUUUUUUAAAAUCCUCCCAAAUUUUUUUUUCUUUCUCCCUUAUGUAUUAACUGUUGGAGAUAUUGUUUGAAGUGAAAGCUAGUUUAUUAUACAUGUAAUUGUUAAUACUUUAAGCUUUCAAAUAUGUGGCUGUUUUGUCUCAUCUGUGAAUGGGAGAACAAAUAGAGCAGAAGAAAAAUAAUCUUUGUGUUUGGUGUUUCAAUUUUCAAUGAAACUGUGAUAUUGUAACUUUGCUCUAUUCCUUUUCCUUUGCAUCCCCAACAUAAAGGAAGAACAGCUUAUAAGUUUCACUUAAAAGGUUUCUUUUGUAAUUGUUGUUUAUUUUUGUUUUACAAAAUUAAAAACUAAUUGAAGUUAUCAAAUACACACUAAGUAUAUAAUUCAACUAUAACUAAUUGAGGUAGAAUCCAGAAAGAGAAGUAUUAUUGAAAGUAAAGGCCUUGUGUAUUUUGGGUAGUUUUCCAAAUAAUCAUAAUGCAUAGCAUUCUAUAUUUUUUUCCUUCAGACUUGGUUUUGUUAUGAACUCACUAGAUAUGCACAGUAAUAAUAACCAUUACCAGACAUAUUUAUUAGUUUUUAAAGUUUUAAUUAAAAACUUUUGCCAUAAUGUUUUAUUAUUUGUCCUGCUAAUGCAAAUGUCAGGUUGACAAUCUUAGGUCGGUCAAGCUUUUUUUAUGUAAUCUUAGCACUAUUUAUUAUGAUCUAUCAUAUUUAAAUGAGGGUUUCACACACUUUUUAUGCAAGUUAAUAUUUCAAUGUUUGACCAUUUUCUUUGUUUCUGAAGACAUUCAGAAGCUUAUGCAAUGGUAAUAAAAUUUUUACUUGAAGAAUAAAAGAUAUAAAAACUUGGCAGAAGUAUUUAAUUCAUAAGUAGUAGUUAAAAUAGUAGUGUUGGUUUUUUUAAUUGUGCUACCGUACACCAUGUUGACAGUGAGCUUAUUUAGUUAAGAAGGGGGAGUAGGCACAGAUUUUAUAUAUAUGCUCUUCAAUUCAGGGGAUAUUUUCCUCUCUUUCUCCCUCUUCCCUCAGCUAAGCCACUUUGAUUUGAUAACUUAAAUUGGGCAAACAAUAGUGCUUUCGUAUUAAGGAAAAACGUUAAUUUUGUGUGUGUAAAUAUAACUAUUAGCCACGCUUAUUAUUUGCUGAACCUCCUAUUUCCUUUCAUUGAACGCAGAUGUUAAUUUCAUUGCAUUGUGAAAAUUUGACAGUGAUAUGUGUAUAUAUUUACUAAUUACCAAUGUUCUUCAGUCGCAAAGUAACAUUGUCAUCAUGGAAGAGUGCUCUCUGUAAGAAGUAAUAAAUAAGGAAGGGUGUACUCUUUUUAGGGUUUAUCCAUUGUAAGUUCCAAAGUAUUCUGGUGAGUCAGUGUGAGAGGCAGACACUAAGGAAGGUGUGAGCAUCAUGAAUAAAUUGUGUACACUUUGAUGUUAUUUGUAUCUUCAUUUCAAUGGAAAGCUAUGUGUAUG